CGGGCCCCGGAUCCCGUUUAGACCGGAGAGUGCGCGGAGAGUGAGACCGCACGCGAUCAGCCCUGCCACACAGAGACUCAAUCUAAAGUCUAUCAGGUUGCAACUUUGCAUACAUCAGAAUCCAACAGGUUAUCUAGGAACACGGACUGAAACCCGAGACGGGAUUGGACGCCUUCGCACGCGAGCGAUCAGAAGAGCAGCUCAUUCACAAGCACAAGACCUUCCCUCUUCAUCUGGUGCAGAACUGAAGAUUGCAUGAGAAAUGGCACAGAAGACAGCACUGAUAGUUUAUGCUCACCAGAGUCCCGUCUCGUUCAACGCCGCAGCUCGGGACGUCGCCGUCGAGGCGUUGACGAAGCAAGGCUAUGAAGUCCUCGUGUCGGAUCUCUAUGCGAUGAGCUUUAAAUCCUCCGCUACUGCAGAUGAUAUCAAGGGUGAUCUGAAGAACCCUGAGCACUUUGUGUACAAUGACGAGAUGAUGACGGCAUGGCAGGACGGGCGACUGAGCGACGACGUUUCAGAAGAACAACACAAGCUGGAGAAAGCAGAGCUGGUGAUCUUUCAGUUCCCUCUCUACUGGUUUAGUGUGCCUGCCAUCAUGAAGGGCUGGAUAGACCGAGUCUUAACUCAAGGAUUUGCCUUCACCCUGCAGAAGAUGUACGACAACGGCAUUUUUAAGAAUAAGAAGGCCAUACUUUCAUUCACCACUGGGGCAACAGAGUCCAUGUUUCUGGCCGACGGCGUUCAUGGAGACAUCAAUGUUCUCCUUUGGCCUUUACAGAACGGAGUGCUGCGCUUCUGUGGGUUUCAGGUCCUCGCUCCUCAGAUCUUCUGGUGUCCGGCGCACUCGCCAGCGCCCGUGAGAAGCCAAAUGUUGGACGCGUGGCGGGAAAGGCUUCAUGGCGUGUUCGCAGAAAAGCCUCUGUCCUUCGCUCCCACCGAACACUUUGACCUCAGUUUCCAAGGAGGAUUUCGUCUUCGGCCGGAGGUCAGAGAGCAGUGUGCGUCUCUCACUCAUGGCAUCACCACAGCUCAUCAUUUAGGAAAACCACUUCCUCCAGACAACCAAACCAAAGCUAAAGCAAACUAAAAUAUCCAGCGCUAGUUACUCAUGCAAAGAAUCAUUAACAGAAUGAAGGAAGUUUUCAGAGAAAUGUGCUUGAGAUUAUAAAAUCAGCCUAUUAUGUAUGCCUUAUAUAACCAACAUGCAGCAUUAAGCUAAACUUAUUUUUACUGUCAUUACCCAUACGGUGUCUUAAUGAAGUAACUUAUCAAAUAAAGAUUGACAAUUUUUUAUUUUUUUUUUAAUACUUAUUAGAAAAAUCUGGGCAUUUUAAUGUGUUAACACAUCUGCUGUGUUAUGAUAAACGCAUAAUCAUGUUGUUUUACAUUUUGAGAUUUUGACUACAAAUACAAAAAAUAAAUAAAUAUAAGAAACUA